AUUCCCACGUCUCUAUUCAAUCAUCAAGCAAUCAAUCAAUUGUAUCACAUCCUAUCACACCAACCCAAAUACCAACCUCAUCCAUCUUCUCAACACACCACCACCACCACCACCACCCAACAUGUCUCAAGUCCUCGUCCUCUACCCCCGCACUCCCACCCUCACCUUCAACAAGGACUACUACCUAUCCACCCACAUGGAGCUUGUCAAAUCCGUCUGGAGCAAACACGGCCUCAAGUCCUACUCGGUUGUCGAAACCAGCGCCGAGAGCGGCAGCCCGUACGCCUUCAUCACUGUCAUGGACUAUGAGAGCGCGGAUUCUUUUGCCGCGGCGGCACAGGAUGAGAGGACCAAGGAGGUUAUGGCGGACGUGGCGAAUUUUACGAACGCCCAGCCUAUUGUUGUCAACGGCGCGGUUGUUGGAAGGGGUUAGAUAUGGAAAGAGACGGAAGGCAGGGAGAUGCAGUGGACUGAACGCUUACACUGCACCUUGUAUGGACCGAUAAUGGGGUGCGGUAUACGACUGGGGAUUAGGGAGGUUGUAUCAUCGCUGAUGAAAGACGGAGGGAGGGGUAGCUUCCAUGGUUGGUGUGGGGUAUAAGCAAUCGAUGUUGUUACCCCGCAUCUACCGAGGUUGAACAUGGCCUCAUGUAUAAUUUUUUGGCAACGCGCGUAAUGAAAUUGAUUUCCACCAAA